AUGCCCAUGGACUUCUUGACGACCUCGACUGCAGGCGCCCUCUUUGGGGCCGCGCUAGCAUCGUCUGGCGUAUACUCACCCUCAGUCAUUAUCUCACAGAUGCAACUCGCCAACUUCCACAUGCUCAAAGUCUUUAUGGCAGCGAGUGCCAGUAGUGCUCUCGUAUUGGCAUCGUUUAAUAAGCUUGGCUUAUCAAACACCAAACCACGGUCGCCCUCGUCACUCGGCCUGUUCAGCCGCUACGACGGGAACAUAAUCGGUGGUUGUAUGAUUGGCUUAGGCAUGACCCUCACAGGCGCGUGCCCUGGUACUGUACUAGUUCAGCUUACCAGCGGUAUCCGCUCUGGAUGGUACAUCAUGGCUGGUGGAAUUCUAGGAGGUAUUCUGUAUACUCGUCUCUCAGGCUACCUCCGCAGGAAUCAGGUCAGCAUCUCUUCAGACACCGAGCUUACCGUCUACGGCGUAUUUGGUGUUAAGAGCCACCACGCUGUCGUGGUGUAUGAGCUGCUUUGCCUGGUGCUCAUAACUUUGGUGACCGUCCUAGGACCAAAAGGUGCCUCUGUUCCACUCCACCCUCUCCUUGGAGGUGCUCUCAUUGGGGCCGCCCAGGCUGCCUCGCUCGUCUUAACUGGGAAUGCCGUAGGCGUCUCGACAGGAUAUGAGGUGAUAGGGUUUUACUUCUGGCAAACUUUGGACUCGCUGUUAGGACAUGAACCGAGAAAGCUUCCUGCUCCGUUGAAGUCGGUUUAUUUUGCUGCUGGUAUUGUUGCUGGCAGCUGGGUGUUGGUGCGCUUAGUACCACCAACCAUAUCAGAAACUGGGAUUGACAUUUCAUCCCUACGCGGCAUAAUCGGAGGUUUCGUCAUGGUGCUAGGGGCAAGAAUUGCUGGAGGAUGUACUUCAGGCCAUGGAAUCAGCGGGAUGUCUAUGCUCUCAGUCUCGAGUAUUGUCACAGUUGCUUUUAUGUUCGUUAGCGGGUUUGGAUCAGCUCUGUUUAUCUCAUGA